AUGACAACAAAAAGCUUCCCAGCCUCCUUCGUGCGCGGCGGAACAUCCAAUGGCCUCAUAAUCAACCGCUCCAAUCUCCCACGAGACGAGGCGGCAUGGCAACCCAUCCUCUCAAGCGCCAUGGGCUCUCCAGAUGCGUUUGGGAGGCAACUGAAUGGUCUUGGCCAGGGCAUAUCUUCCACGUCGAAGAUCUGCGUCAUUUCUAAAUCUGAUCGCCAGGAUGCCGAUGUCGAUUACACUUUUGUCCAAGUGGGCAUCAAAGGCGGUGAUCUGGAUAUGGCUGGGAAUUGUGGGAAUAUGUCGAGCGCUGUCGGGCCCACGGCAUGGGAUGAAGGCUUCGUGGACGACGCAGAACGAAUCCAAGGAGGCGAAGUGACGGUGCGCAUGUACAAUCGCAACACCGACAAGAUCAUACACUCCACCUUUAGUGUCAACGAGAAUGGCCGGUACGAACCUAUUGGAGAUUACUCGAUCGAUGGCGUCUCUGGCACGAACUCGAAAAUCACCUUGUCUUUCCUUGAUCCCGCCGGGGCCAAGACGGGCGUCACUUUCCCAUCCGAGGGGAGCAACAAGAUUGACAUUUUGACACUUAGCGAUGGGUCCCGAAUCCCAGCGAGUCUGAUCGAUGUCGCGAAUCCUGGCAUUUUCGUUCUUGCGUUGGAUGCCGGUGUCCCUGGCGACAUCACUUCUGAUGCACUGGGAAGCGACGAAAAGAUGAUGGCACGACUGGAUGAGAUUAGACGAGAAGGCACUCGAUUGAUGGGGCUUGAUCCGGACAUUCAAAGUGUGCCGAAGAUCGUCUUUCUGUCCAAGCCGACAGAGCAGGCUGCAGCGCAAGGGACAAACAUUGUUGCUCGUGCGCUAUCAAUGCAGCAAGCUCAUAAAAGCAUUCCGUUGACACUGGCGUUGAACCUUGGAGCGGCGUGCAAGAUCCCAGGUACCAUUCCGGCACAAAUGGCGGUGAAUGUUGCAGAGCACGACUCUGUGGUCAUCGCUCACGCGAGUGGCAAGAUCGAAGUAGGGAGUGUGAUGAGAGAGGGGAAGAUUGUCAGCGCGUUGCUACACCGAACGGCUCGAGUACUCAUGAAAGGCGAUAUCUUCUACACCAUCGAAGAUACCGGAUGA